CCAGGGCCCACGCAUCGAAAAAAUUGGAGCGGCCAGAUGCCUGGGCAGAAGCAUGGUCGCUCCGCCUUUUCCUCAUCCUGGCUCAAGGCAGCGCCCCCACUCUUCUGCAGAGUCCGGCCAGCGAUCGCCGGGUUCUGUGGGGCUUGCAGCAGGCAUCCCGCCGGCCCCCGCAGGCGCUCGGGCCGCCGCAGCCCGACCGAUGCCCGGCAGAUGCCGCCGCUGGACUGGACGGACAUCGUGGAAGCGGCCGCCCUCUGCCCUUCGCCGAGCACGCCGGCACGCGGACAGACUUCGGCCGCCCUCUGCUGGAGCGACCUGGUCGACUUCGAGGUCGCAGUCCUUCUUCACGUCCUGUCCCUGCUCCUCUGGGCGCCCAUGUGCCAGCUGCGCACGUGCAACAAGGCUGCAGCCGCCGCAUUCGAGCUGUGGACAGCGCAGCCAGUCGAGAACGUUGAGUUCAGCUGGGUGCGCAUUCACGAGAGGUUCCAGAAGGACUGCCUGCGCUUCCUGUCGCACCACUGCCGCAACGCGAGGCGGCUCGCCGUGUGGGAGACGGCCCACCUCGGCGAGCGGCUGCUGCUGCGGCUGGUCUGCGGCAUGCGGCUCCUGGAGCGGUUGGAGGUGAACGCCUCGCCGUUCGGGGGAGCAUUUCCUGACCCGCAGCACCUGUUCGACCGCCUGGCGCGCUACUGCCCGAGGCUCCAGCACCUGCACAUCACCUUCAACCACGAGGCGCCCGCGGAGCACCACACGCUGGAGGUCGGGGCGCUCGCGCGCCUCUGCCGCCGGCUGCUGACGCUCGACUUGGGCGGGGUGGCCGUGCGCAUAGCCGGCGGCUCGCGCACGAUCGCCGCCUGCUGUCCGCAGCUCGAGAAGCUCUCCGCCCAGCUGUGCCAGGAAAGGCACGAGCUGGACAUUGUCGACCCGGAGGAGCUCGCCAAAGGCUGCCUGCAGCUGCAAGAGCUCGACGUGGCACCGAUCGAGUGGGACGACGGAGUCCUCAAGCGGCUCGCCCAGCACGGGUCGCAGCUCCAGAGUUUGGCCCUACGGCACGUGGUCCGGGACGCCUCUCUCGAGUUCUUGGCGCCCCUGUUGGAGACGCGGAGAUGCAUCGUGCGACUGCACCUGGCGCUGCACGCGCGCUCGGACCUCCAGCGGGCCUCGCGCUGGCUGCACGAUGCGGCCCAGCUACCAGGCCUGCGUUCGCUUUGUCUCGACUACGCCGCACCCAUGCAGCUGAGGCAGGUCGCGGAGAUCCUGGACCAAGGCGGGCGCGGCCGUGGCCUCGUGUCGCUCGUCAUGCACGGCUGCCACGGCGUGAGCGACCAGGCCGUCUCGCAGCUCAUCGACGCCUGCCCGCGGCUGGAGCAGCUGCGCCUCUUCCCAGACUCCUGGAGAGCUCCAGGGGAGGUCAGCGACGCUGGGCUGGACGAGAUCGCAGGCCGGUUGCCGCGGUUGCGCGGCCUGGCGGUCAGCUCGGGGGCGGCGCUCCUGGCGGCGCCGUCGGGCGAGCCGCGGCCGCUCCGGCUGCGCUGCCUGUCGCUCUUCGCGCCCCUCGGAGACUCGGCGUGCCUGGCCGUGGGCGCCUGGCGCGGCGUCCGCCACCUGUGGCUCGGCCCCCACAAGCUGAUGCAGGCCGGCGCAGGCUCGGAUUGCUCCAUCACAGACCAGGGCUUGGCUUUCAUCUCGCACGCUUGCGGCCAGCUCGUGGAGCUCACCGUGGCCUCUCAGCGCGUCACGGACGUCGGCGCCCGCGGCGUGCUGUCGCGCUGCCGGGAGCUGCGGGUCCUGCGGCUGGGCGGCGGCGGCGUCACGGACGACACGCUGGAGCUGCUGCGAGGCCUCGCACAGCCUCGCCUCGAGAGGCUCAAGCUGUGGCUCUCGGGCGUCACCCCGGCGGGGCUGAGGAGGGCGCAGCUGCUGAUGCCGUGGACGCGCUUCGACAUUGAGGUGACCGAUCGGACAUGACUCCGCCGCCCGAGGGCAACGGAAAUCACUCGGAGUCCUUGUGCAGCGAGCGCCCGUGCCCCAUUCAUUCACACAGCCCGCGCAAGCAGAC